UGGACCACCCCCUGGAAUUUUGAAAGAACGUUUCGUGCAGCAGAGUCAACAUGUCUACCUCUCCAGUCAAAGACUUCCUAGUUACCAAUUUCAUGCCGGAGAAAUGCUACGAAGAGCUUUUUGUCGACCUCAACUUGCACGUGCCAUGUUUGACUUUAGUCUUCAAAAAAAUCUUCGGGGUGUGGAUUCUCUUGGACGUACUUUUUGCUCAACUUCUGCAGCUGCUUAAGAUCCUCUGGAGACUGAAUGCAGAGGGCUUGAGUCCAGCUUCCAUCCUGUUACAACUUUACGCUUCAUCUGGACCCGUCCUAUUUGCCAUGGCGCACAAAUUUCCAAUUCUUGCUUGGGGUGAAAGGCUUUUUUUAAGCAUCCAGACUGCGAUGAUUCUCUUUCUUAUCCUGCAUUAUCGGGGUGAAACCAAUGAAGGAAUUUUGCUUGUGUUGCUCUACGGUGGUUUAAUAGUCGUCCUGGGAUCUUAUGCACCUGCAAAUGUCAUCUCAGCGAUGCAGUCAACCAGUUUGGCUGCGAUAAUAGCAAGCAAGGUUUUCCAGGCAGUAACAAACUAUAAUAACGGCUCCACGGGUCAGCUCUCAUUUAUGUCUAUUUUGCUAUCAUGUAUAGCUUCCCUGGGUCUCGCCUUCAUUUCACUGCAGGGCACGGGGAAGUCUUUUGAAACGCUUGGCUCCUUUAUAUCCGGCUGUUUCAGUUGCAUCUUGCUGGCACAGGUCCUUUGCUAUGGCAGAAGAAAAACUAAGGCAAAAAAAGCUUAAAGACUGAGGAUAUAGAAAACCAAAAUGAGUUCUGAAGCUUUAAUCAACAGUGUAUAUGUUUGUCUUUUACAGAUAUCCACUAUGAGCUGCUAUUUAUAAUGAAAUGUUAACAAUCAAUAUCAUGGCACAUAUAGACAAAACAGCCAUUCACACUUCCACUACAUUCCCACCAAAAAAUAAUUUUCAAUACAACGAUGCUUGUUUCUGGAAACUGGGAGAAACCCAGAGUAGGCCAGCAAAAACUCAGAUCCGUGAGAACGUUUGUACCGUUUUUUGUUUUUUUUUCCGGACUAUUAAAUCGCAGUUUUUUUCCCCCCAUAGAUUGGCCGAGGAUGUGACUUAUACUCAGAAGUGACUUAUGUGUGAAAUUAUUAACAUCAUUAUUAUUAUUAUUAUUAUUAUUGUCACACUCAACCGCAAGAGGGCACCCAAGGCCUCUGUUUCAACAGUGGCGGUAACUUAUAAAACAAAUAGAAACAACUGAGAAGCUCCGAACAAAAUGUCACCGAAAAGAAAAUCAUAUUUUGCAGAUUACUAACUGCCAGUAGUGAAAUAUGCAGCUGAUAUGGUAAUCGGACAACAGAAAAAGUUUGGAGUUAGCAAGAAACUUGUAAGGGACUGGCAAAAUGCAGAGGUUACUCUGUUGUUGUCUAUUCAGUUUUAUUUCAAAUUGCCUUUCAAGAAGACGUGUGUUCUUGGUGUUUGAUUUUAUCAAAUAAAAUUUCCCCCAAAACGUGACAUAUACACCAGUGCGGCUUAUACAGGUUGUCCCUGGGUUACGAUGUACCCGACUUACGUGAUUUCGACUUUACUACGCCGGAGUCUUGUACGCCAUUUUGUCUCCAGUCGUUUUUUCCCCCCUAGUUGCGUAAACCUGAUUGUACCUCACACAGUACCUUUUUUUACCCUUACUGUUCUGCCCCUUUGGCGAAAUUUUUUUUAUUAUGAUGUUGACAUUUGUUUUGCAAUGCAUGCUUUAUUUUUGCGUUGGAAGCGUAGAGGAGGUAGUACUUCUGCAUGCGAGUAAGAGCACAUGUACACGUGAAGAAGGUAUUUGCGCACACAAAGAAGAGCGAAUUAGCUCCCAUGAAGAAGUCGCGCAGCCGAAUGAAAGGGAGAAAGGACUUAGCUCCUACAUCUUGGUGAGGACAGUAAAAUGACCUAUAAUAUAUGUUUUUAGUAGGGCUGUCAAAAUUAUCGCGUUAACGGGCGUUAAUUAAUUUUUUAAAUUAUUCACGUUAAAAUAUUUGACGCAAUUAACGCACAAAUACCCUGCUCAAAGAGAUUACAAUGACAGCACAGUGAAACGUGUACUUGUGUUUUUCGAGUUUUGGCUCCCUCUGCUGGCGCUUGGGUGCGACUGAUUUUAUAGGCCUCAGCAAAAAUGGCGGGCUACUAGUUUAUUUUUUGAUUGAAAAUGUUACAAAUUUUAUUAAAACGAAAACAUGAAGAGGGGUUUUAAUAUAAAAUUUCUAUAACUUGUACUAACAGUUAUCUUUUAAGAACUACAAGUCUUGGAUCGCUUUAACAGAAUGUUAAUAAUGGUAAUGCCAUCUUGUUGAUUUAUUGUAAUAAUAAAGAAAUACAGUACUUAUGUACCGUAUGUUGAAUGGAUAUAUCCACCUUGUGUCUUAUCUUUCCAUUCCAACAAUAAUUUACAGAAAAAUAUGGCAUAUUUUAUAGAUGGUUUGAAUUGCGAUUAAUUAAUUUUUAAGCUGUAAUUAACUCGAUUAAAAAUUUUAAUCGUUUGACACCCCUAGUUUUUAGAUAUUUUUGGAUUUAAGGGGUAUUUAGGGACACUUCAAGGGUUAAUUCCGAUUUACAUGGAAAUUCGGGUUACGUCGCCAGCAUAGGAACGGAACUCCUUCGCAGCCCGGGGGCUACCUGUAUGUUUUUAACCUCUUCAUUGCGCAUUUUAUGGCUGGUGCGACUUAUAGUUCGAAAAAUACGGCACAUUCUAUCUUUAUGAAUUUUAUAAGUACACUUUAUAGGAAAGUAAACUUCUGUGGAAACUUAAUUUUUCACGUUUGGUUCAAAAUGUUUACAACUGUAUUAUAGACUUACGUUGUUUAUCUUGAUAAUCUCUUGAUUAAAUUGCUUAUUACAAAAUGUGAGGCUUUUCAUGACAAAUGUUUCAUUAAUACCAGUAUAUCUUCUCUUGUAUUAUUGGGGUGCAUUUCAAUUCCAUGUUCAUUGCAAUUACAUAUAAUCUAAAUAACCAAGUUUACAUGCAACAUUGUCAUAUUUCGCUUUUAGUACAACGAUGCCCUCUUUACACUCAACAGUGCUUGCGAUAUUGAGCCAAGCCAUAUUGCGUUUGGUGCUGCCAUAUUUGGGAACCAGUGCAGAGCAGUGACUUUCAGUUAUGUAAUCUUCAUGAAAUUCUUGCAUAUGUCAGCGUUAAAAGUUGUCGUGGGAGAUAGAAUAAUCAUCACGUUCUCAGGAAAUUACAAAUGGGCGGGGGCAAAAAAAAAAAAUUCUUGAGAGUAUGAAUUUAAAAGAUUUGCCUUUUUAUUGCCCAAUGUACACAAACAGUAGUUUUGACACAUAAAGUGUAUUUUUGCAUCACAUUCAAUAUUACACUAAUUCAGUUGGACUGAAGAAAACCUGUUAAAGUGCAACACUCCUAGUAUGAAAUACACCAUUCAAGCAAAUUAUAUGGCAUUAUCUCCAGUGUUUCGCCGAUUACAGAAAUGUGAAAUUGUUCAAGUAAAAUGGCAAAUGUUUGAUGAAUCUCAUCAUUUUGAAACAUAAAAGACAGUGCUUUAAUCUACCCAAACGGAGAUUAAGGUCAAUUACAGUUUCAAGAGUCUAAUACAGUGCCCUCCAUAAUUAUUGGCACCCCUGAGAAAGAUGUGUUUUUUAGCUUCUAAUAAUUUUUUAAAAAUUCAAAUAAUAUGGGACCCUAAUGGAAAAAAAGAGAAAAAUCCAACCUUCAAUACAAGUGCAUUCAUUCAGUGGGGAAAAAAUCCCACAUAAAGAAAAUAUUAUUUGACGUCAAAUAAUGUGUGUCACAAUUAUUAGCACCCUUGGUGUUAAUUAUUUGUACAACCCCCUUUUGCCAACAAAACAAGGUCUGGGGACUGAGAUGGCCAUGGGAGGAGCUUGAUUUUGUGUCUGGUGAACCAUUUCUGUGUAGAUUUGGCCAUAUGUUUAGGGUCAUUGUCUUGCUGAAAGACCCAGUGGUGACCCAUCUUCAGCUUUCGGGCAGAGAGCAACAGAUUUUGAUCGAAAAUGUCCUGGUAUUUCAAAGCAUUCAUGAUGCCAUGCACCCUAAAAAGGUUCCCAGG